GCAGGCGGCGGGGGGCGCGGGCGGUGCUGCUGCCGCGGCGACGAUCGCUGCUCUGCUGCCCGCCAGUCAGCCGCGCGCCACCGACACGGGUCGUUCGAGCCGCGACUAGCAGCAGCACCUACGCCGCUCACAGCGGAGUAUGCUCCAGCAGAUGUCCUCGCAGCCGGGCACAUUAGUUGGCGAGGUCGCACGUAUAGUUCGCCCCCUAGAAGGUCGCUCGUAUGGCGACGCCUCUUCGGAGGCCUCCUCCGACGCUGCAGAAGAAGACUUACCGCAGUGCAAAAUAAGACGGAACUACAACUGUGCAAAGUGCAAGUUUUACACGCAAAAUCCGCGAGUUUUUCUUUUACAUGUUCGUGAUGUUCAUUUUGAAAGAUUUAAAAUAUACGUUUGUCCAUAUUGUGUUUACGCAUCUAGGCAUCAUCAAAAACUUUUGAGACAUUUAAAAAUGAUGCACGAUAACCGUGGUUCGUUAACGAAAUUUGAGCCUGAGCUGCCAACUGCCCCACAAACAAUCCUGCCGAUGCCUGUGUCAGUGGCACCUGCGCCCAGCACCAUGAGCGAAGAGCGCAUGGAAGAUCUCUUAGAAGAAGUAGAGGAGUGUGACGAUGGAGCUAUGGACGCAGAAGACGGACAUGCCGAUCCUACAUUCCGCUCCACUGACGUAGAAAUGGACGUCGGAAGAACAGCUGACGGAUCAAAGAAGGGAGAUUAUUUCAAUUGUGAUAAAUGCAACUAUGUAACACAUAUCAAGGCGAGAUUCACAAAACAUGUCAAAUACCAUUCGAUACCUAGGAUCAAAUGUAGCAUAUGCGAAUUUCGCACCCCAUACAAAUGGAAUCUGGACCGGCACAUGAAGAAUCACGGCGGCAACGGGAGUUUCAACUGCUGCAUGUGCAACUUCACGGCCGACAUAAAGCAAAGUCUGACUGCGCAUGAAAUGAAUCACCACAGUCGUCCGCUGGACCAGUCGGCGGGAAGACGCGGCCGCAGCCGUGUGGGUGCCGGCGACGUGUCCGCGCGGGUGUCACUUGCCAAGGAGGAGGAAGGGAGCGGCGACUCGCGUUCCUCGCACUCGGAAAUGAUGGGGAUGCAGUACAUAGAGAGGGACACGAUAAGUUGCAACAGCGACUCUAAUGACGCGUCGACGUCCGAGGGGGCUGCCAAGAAGGAUAACUCGCAGUUGGCACAAGACGCGCAAUAUUCGCCUAACGCGGACGACGCCAAGAGUCAAAAACAGAACAGAAAGAUACCCAGACCGAUACCACAGCUAAUACCACUAAAUGCUUCCACCCCGAGCCAGGCCAAAUCCACAGGAGAACCACCUUCAAAAAAAUUCAAAGAAAAUCCUUCUAACGAGUCUAAUGACUCUAAUUCCGACAAACUCGAUGCCCUCCCGGCUGAUAUUACAUUAAUUCCAGUAUCUAAUACUUCUUCGAAGGAAACUGUAGUGCGAAAGAAGAACGAGUCGUUCUUUGAUAGGUUAAAAGAAAGGAUAUUGACUGAAACAGGUGAUGAAGGUUCACUGAACUGUAAAAAUUGCGGCUUUGUAAGCAAGUGUCUUUCAGAACAUUCGGUACAUGAAAAAACUUGUACCGUCCAAUCGAAUCGUGCCGCCGUUAAUACAUUGUUACCAAAUUCGAGCUCAACACGAUGCCAAAAUUGUAGACACAGAUGCAAAUCUAGUGCGGACUUGUAUAUUCAUAUGCAGACAUGUAGAAAGAAUGAAAAGCGAGACGAUCAAUCAGUGGAACUCAAAAAUCAAGAAAGCAAUGAUACUUCCUCGUCCAACCAAGAUCGAGAUGCAGAGCCGCAUCCUAUGGAGAAUGUUGUUUUUGUAUGGAAUAAUAUAAAUCACGAUGCAAAUAAUUUCGAAACUCCGCUUGGAAUAAACAUCAAUGAUGAUUCAACUCUUCCAAUAUUACACAAAACGUUGGAUAAUGAUAUUGCAGACGAUAAUGAAAGUAUGAAUCUUUCGCCUAGUCAAGCUGUUGGAAAAAGAGUGUUUAAAUGCCCUCACUGUCCUUUCUGGGCUUCAACAGCGUCGAGAUUCCACGUCCAUAUCGUUGGUCAUUUGAAUAAAAAACCAUUUGAAUGUUCACUCUGCAAGUACAAGUCAAAUUGGCGUUGGGAUAUUACAAAGCAUAUUAAACUUAAAUCUGCUAGGGAUCCAGAGCAUAAUGAAGCAAAAGUUCUAAUGACUGAUGAAACAGGCAGAAGGAACUAUACAAAAUAUAGCAAGUUUCUAGCAAUGUCAGUUUUGAAUGAAUACGGUGAAAAUGAAUUUCACUACGUCGAUCAAAAUACUUCAGCUGAUCCGUCCAUAGAAGGUCAUGAAUCAGUCUCAAUCAGUGAUAUAAAUGAAAUGAAUGCUUCUUUCGAUAUGCAACCGAUGAACUUGCAAACUCAGCAUUAUCAGUUAAAAUAUGACUUUAUAGAAGGUAAAAUUGUUGACGCGAAGAAACCUAAGAAAACCCUGUGGAAGUGCAAAAAAUGCAAUUACAAAGAUCCAUCCAAAGACGCAUUAUUAGAACAUGUACGAGAGCACGCUAAGGCAGAAAGUAGUAAUCCGCAAAACAAGAAACCGGACAAUCUACCAGAUCCAGCGGAUUUAGCAUAUCGUUGUGGCCAUUGCAAUCAACUGUCCAAUUGGAAACAUGUUAUACAGAGACACUGUCGACUGAAGCACGACGGAAUCAUUAAGGUGAUCACUACCAUCAAACCAAAGCCAGAGACAUCUUCUACAGCUGAAAUUACCGGAGAUACUUGCACAAAAUGUCCAUAUAGAUCUAGCGACAGAAAAUUGCUAAUGAUGCAUCUGAAGCGACACCAACCUUCACAUGAUUCUAUCUUCAAAUGUUACUUCUGUCCAUACUUCGUCAAAGAUGAACAGGAAUUAAUCCAACAUCUAUUGCUGCAUGGGAUUACAGAACCCGAGGAAUAUAUCGCCAAAGCUAUGGGAAGCAGGUCCCCAUUGCCAGAACCUGUGCUCUUACCAAGCACGUCUGGGACAUCCAACAAGAGACACAAGUGCACAGAAUGCCCUUACGAAACAAAUAGUAAAUCACAGUACAUGUACCAUGAACAAUUUCAUCGCGCUCCAAAUGAAACCAGAGAGUACAAAUGCCCGGAAUGCAAUUACAGCGUCUCUAAAAGGCAUUUACUAAAUCAGCACUUGAGAGUACACGGAAUCGUUACAAAGAAAUCAGAGUCUGAGGCGGAAUUAGAAGCGAUGGUAUCGGAGCCUAACAAAACUGAAAAGUCUCAAGAUGACUUUACACUGUUGGAAGAGAUCCCUUACGUGUGGGUAUCAGCCAAAAACGAAUUCCACAAAAUGUACAAGUGUCGUUUUUGUUCAUACGUAAAUUCACAGAAAUGCAAAAUACCUAAUCACGAAAAAAUACAUUGCAUUGAAAACAGCGAAAUUACUGUAUAUAAAUGUUGGGAGUGCAAGUUCACUUGUGAUAAUGCAGGGAGAUUAGCCGAACAUUCCAAAACACAUGGCGAAAUCUACGGUCGAAUCUACUGUCCGGUCGAAUCCGAAGUUCCUGAUGAAGAACAAAUUGCCAAAUUACGAAAAGUAAUAGAAAUUGAGAAAACUAGUACGUCGGAUGAAUUACAAAAAGAAGAUGUGAUCACCACCGAGAUCAAAGAAAUAAAGACAUUACAUUUCUGCCAAAAAUGUCCGUCUCGAUUCUUUACGGAAGGAGAGUUGAGAGCUCACGAUUCAAAUCAUAAUGACAACACAUGUAACAAAUGCAAGAGCUGUGACUUUUCGGCGCCCGAUGAAGAAGAGUUAGACAGUCAUUCAACUGUUCACUCGGACGAAUACCAUACAAAAACUAAAAUGUUAAAGUUUAUACACAACAUGCAUCCAGCUCAUACCCAACCCCGACUAGAGCUCGUACAUUGUCCCACUACGUCCGAUAUUACUUGGAUUGUGUCAACGUCAAACAAAAACUUUGAUCCCGAGUCUAACAUUAGAAAGUCAUGCGAUAGCAAACAUCCAACCAAACAAUAUCUUUGUAAGGAAUGUCCAGCGAAGUUCUUUAAAAGCUCUGCCCUUAGCUACCAUUUGGGCCUGCAUGGCAGUGACGGAGAGCACAAAUGCAAAAAAUGUAAUUACGCUGUUAAAAACAUAGGGAACCUGGCGAAACACGAAUUGCUUCAUGAAAGUUCAGAGAAUAAGCAAUGUGGCGAAUACGACUCCGGUGAUGAUAUGGAUUACAAAAAUAUUCCUUUGUCUGGAACGGAUCUGUUUCAAAGAAAAACUGAAGCUCAAAAACGUGUUUUGACUGACAAAGAUAAACUUGUAAAACCGAACGAUCAUUUCCCGCCAGUACUCCAAGCGGACCCACAAUUUGGCUACCUCAUGCAUGGUAAUCCUGAAUUUAUAUAUCCUACAUAUUUAAAGAACGGAAGACAAAAAGAAAAGCGUUACAAGUGCCACAAAUGUCCAUCAGCAUUUGAAAAAAGAGAGCAGUAUAAGAUACACUUAUCGCUACAUGGAUCUAAGCAGAGAUACAAAUGCGAAUUGUGUGACUACUCUGUGAAGUAUUACGCAAACUACGUUCAACAUAUGAGGAAACAUCAAAUGAAUGACGAGGCGCAAGCUGAAAGAAAAAAGGGCACCAGUGGCUUUAUAGAAACAGGAACACAAGAAGCUAAACAAGAAGAGGGCGGCGAUAAUAUUAAACUAGCAAUCAAAACAAUGCCAAGGAGUACAGCUAAAAGUGACUUCCAGCAGUUCUCGAUAAGCGAUCAACAAACUCUUCGCCUGCUACAAAGAAGGCGUUCUAUAAAUAAUUCUGGAAAGGAUCCAAAUGCUAACGAAACGUCGCCGCCUUCAAACCGAAAAUUGCAUAUGUGCCUGUUAUGUCCGUACACGAAUCAACGACAGGACGCGCUCACAAACCAUUACAGAAGACACGACGACACGGACGUGCUCUACGGAGGAUCACACAAAUGUUCAUACUGCGACCUGGUGGUUGUUCAAUCACACUUCCUACGAGAACAUCUUAAAACUCAUUUUAAUUAUCAGAAAACAAUAACACCGGACGGUUUUGCGGCUAAUAAAGACGUCAGUUUUACAAUAACACAAAUAGAUGACGAAAACUUGUCUAAUGAUCUCAAGUUAGAUAUACGUAAUAAGAUUUACCCGUGUAGUAAAGAUGAGAAAAUAUAUGUUAAGAUAAGUUCUGGGGAACUUAUGGUGGAGUAAAUAAUCAUUAUUAUAGUUAUAUUAUUAUUACUAUGUUGCUAGAAAAUAUAGAUAAUACUUUAUAACAUCAUUCAAUCGACAAUAUAUAUUCGUUAAGUUUAAGCCAAAAACUAAGCAAAGUUGAUUCACCAAAGUGUAUCUUGCCAUAUUAGAUUUAUAACGGUCCAAGACAUUUUGGGUGUCAUAUUUUAAAACAUGAUUACUAAUAAGUAGUACCUUUGAUACUGUGGUUAUAAUUAUUAGAUUUUAAAAUGUACAAAAUAUAAGGCAAAUAGUUCUUGUUUGUAAAAAAAAUAUUUAAAACAUUGUCUUCUGAAUAAAACAAUUACAGAAACCAGGAUUAAGUAAAUACUAUUGAAUAUGUACACAUACAGUAAUACAACACAUUUAUAGAUAUAGGCUUGAUUUUAUAAUAGAAAGCUAACAGUAUUAACCUGUAAGAAUUUAUAAUUUUCAUUUUCUUUAGAAAAUGAAAAUAAUAAAUUUUAAACAUUAAAAUUUAACUAGUCAAAAUUAUUAAGAGUAAUCAGCACAAUCAUUGGUGAUAUGUUUUAAGCCUUUUUUAUAUUCAAUUGUCUUUAAAUGUUACCAAAAAGUAUGUAAAGUAUGUAAAGGUCACUUAGAUUGAAAAUCUUCAGUUUGUUUUCUAACUCUAUUGAGACUUAGAAGUCUGUUUUCCCGCUUUUUAUCUGGAUGAAUAUUAAUUAUGGUGUACACUAAUAGAAAUAAUUUAAUUUUAGAUGUAUAUAAUAUUUUUAUUUUUGGUAGUGUAGAUCUCUAUUAUUUUAAACACAUUUAUUGGGCAAUAUAAGAGAAUUAUUAUAACUCUUUUCUAGUAUUGUAAGACUUUGCUACAAAUGUUUAUAACAUAGACAGGCCUUUAAAAAUUAGUCUUACUGUAUGGUGUACAGUCCUAAAGGACAAACAUUCCUGAUCGUUUUGGAGAUCCAAAAUAUAAAUAAAUUAAAAAUAA